AUGGCUGGGAGAGGGAAACCACGCAAGGCUAAGAGUCUCGACACUGAAUGUGUUAAGAGUCCAACUAGAGCUGAGGAAACAAGAUGUUCAGGAAGAAGCUUCACAGAAGACAAGCACAAUGGCACCAUGAAAGAACAGAAACCAAAGAAAAGGCAGCAGAAGAAUCCAACCCACAACGAGGAGAAGCAGUCUGUACAGAGCAUCCAAAUUGAAAAGCCCACAAAAUAUUUCCCGGAGGAGGAGAUCGGAAAGCCGCAAAAGACAUCUAAAGACAUCACAAGGGCCUCUGUCCGGGGCACGAAGGCCAAAAGCUGUGCUGGGAGGGCCAAAUCACCUGAGCAAUUUGCAGAGGAGACAAUGAAGACCCAACCAGAGAUACCUAAAGACAAAACAAAGGCUUCUCCAAAAACAAAAACAGCAAAACCCCGUAAUGGUAAGGCAAAAUCACCAGAACCGAUUGCAGAGGAGACAAUGAAGACACAACCAGAGAUACCUAAAGACACAACAAAGGCUUCUCCAAAAACAAAAACAGCAAAACCACAUAAUGGUAAGGCAAAAUUACUAGAGCAAAUGGUAGAGGAGAUAAAGAUGACACAACCAGAGACCUGUAUAAAGUAUUCUGUACAGUUCAUCGAAGCAAAAACUUGUGCCGGCACAAUAAAAUCACCAGAGGAGGUAAUGAAGAAGAGACAAAAAUCAUUUGAAAGCAUCACAAAAGCUUGUGAACCACAAGACAAGGUCGGAGUGGACUCAAUCCUCUACACAACUCUGGAAAAGCUGAGGAUUAGGAGGAACGACAGAUCUGAUGCAUCAAAAGUCAUCAAUGACAUUAUAAAAAGUAUAGUCGAGCAUUUGAAAAAGAACUCUCAAUCCUUUCAAGAAGUACAAGAACCACUACGUACUGGAAGUUACUAUGAAAAUCUAAAGAUUUCUAGCCCUGAUGAAUUUGAUGUCAUGCUGCCAAUGCCUGUCACCCGAGUGGACAUUCAACCAUUUGGAGAUGAUGGAGCCUUUUACAGUGUGGCAUUAAAACGUGGCAAGAGUCCUCUGCACAAAUUUCAGGAUGAGACCGGCAUUUUAUCUGCCAGUGAAAUGCUCAAGGAGUUCAGGGAAGAAGUAACGAAAUGUGUCAAGCCAUUUAAAGAAUGGGUAUUGACAAGAAAGAAAAAAGGCUGUCCAGCAGUGACCCUGACCACAGAAGUCAAUUCAGUCACCAUCUCGCUGGAUUUUGUUCUCUGUUUAGUGGUUAAAUCAAGCUGGCCACCUUUCACCAAAGAUGGCUUAAAGAUAGAGGGUUGGCUGGGAACCAAAGUGAGGCAGAAAUACAAGUACUUACCAUAUUACCUUGUCCCAAAAUACGAGGGCAAGGGUACAGUGGAAUGUGAUGGAGUCCUUGCUAAAGAUAUUUGGCGGGUUUCAUUCUCUCACGUUGAGAAGGACAUACUGAAGAAUCACGGAUCGGAGAAGACAUGCUGUGAAGAAGCCGGAGUACGCUGCUGCAGGAAAGACUGUUUGAAGCUGCUGAAACACCUCCUGAGUUUGCUGAAGGAAAGGGAGUCAUUUGACAAGUUCUGCUCCUAUCACGCCAAGACCACGCUCUUGCAUGCCUGCUGCUCCAGAACUAAAGACACUGACUGGCAGGCCUUAAAUCUGGGUCACUGCUUUCAGAUUUUCCUUAAAGAGUUUGAAGGCCACCUGCAAAAAGGUGUACUCCACAACUUCUUUAUCCCAACACAGAACCUGCUCUCUGGUGUUAGAGAGGAAAAGUGCAGAAGUCUGGCUCAGUGUAUCAGGAAUGAACGGUACAAUGGCUUUCCCAUUUUCAAGUGAAAACUUCACAACAAAUAUGAAGUCAUUGGUGUGCGACUGUUCAG